AUGAAAUCCCACAGUCCCCUCAACUGCAUGGCAGUGAUGCCAUUCACGCUGCGGUGCGUGAAACUGUUCGGAUUUCGCGGUGGUCUCCACAAUCGAGCUCACUUUCUGGCAGCACUGGCGUACCGCUUGGUGGUGAUCAACUUGCCAAAGGUUGCGUUCGGUUUGAGCGAUCAGAUCGACGUUGCGAUCCGUAGCGUUUCGGAGCUGCUGUUCCAGUGGCACAUCGACAUCAGGGUGGUCCUGUUCGCAGCCAAAGUGUCGGAAUUUGAACAGCUGGUUCGCAUUUUAAGGAGGGUUUACAACAAGGUCAAAACACUGGACUCGAACUCGUCGGAACGGAAGCUCAUCGAAGACUCGAACCGAUCGCUGGAUCGACGCUCCAAAUCGUACGCACUGUACGUGGCAGUGGCCGUUACCAUCUUUUACUGGGUCCCCGUAGUUCAAACCUCAACGAUUUGGUUACGAAGUCUUGGAGACAACAGCACGACCCGUCCAAAAUACGUGAUGAUGAUGGAAAUGGAAUUCUACGGGCUGGACACUCGCGGAAACAUUUGGCAUUACUUGGUUUAUGCCUCCCUUUCAAGCAUUGCCCACUAUUAUUCGGCGGUUUACUUUGCCCUAGCUGGAAUGGUGAUCUUCAGCUGUAUCAAGUCAAUUGCAGCCCUCUUUGAGCUAGUAUCAGCGAAGCUGGCAACACUGCACGAGCUUUCCGGUAAGGCACUUCGCGAGGAGUUGGCCGAGCUGGUUGAGCUGCACGUUGAUGGAUUGAGAUGCAUCAAACUGCUGGAAGACAUUCACAGCCUGGUCAUGAUGGCACAAAUGGUCAACUGUGUUCUGAUUUGGAUAUCGAUGAUUCUUUCAAUCAGCACUCGCUUUACCUCGGAGACCACCAGCUUGUUGGUCCUGCUAAUCGUGAUGACUGGCGAAACGUAUGUUCUGUGUCAACUGGCUACCGAGCUGUCCGAAGUGAGCCUUACCAUUACGGAUUCAAUCUGGAACUCCCACUGGAUCAAGCUACCGGUUGAUGUUCGGAAAGGACUCGCGAUGAUGUUGCAGCGGGCUCAGAAAAAGGAAGGUCUUACGGCGGCCAAGUUCUUCUUCAUGGACGUCGAGCGAUUUGGGCGCGUCCUGCAGACGUCGUACUCGAUUUAUGUCGUGCUGAAGGAGAGGUUGUAAUGGGGUUGGUGCCUUCCUCACUCCUGUGAUUUUUGGCAUAACGUCAUGAUUCGAAAU